AUGUUCAUUAAAACUAAAAUCUCUGUCGGUAUUCGUGGUUCUGUCGAACAGUAUAACAAUGUCAAGGUAUUACUGAAGGCUAUUGAUGAACAAUUUGAGACUUCAGCUAAUGCACUUGCCAGCACCUUAAUUAUGAAAUUCUCAUCAAUGAGACUCACCAGUGUGAGGGGUGUGCCUGAGCACAUUAUGAAAAUGCGAGACUUAGCGGCUCAACUAAAGAUUCUUGAUGUUGAAAUGUCUGAGACUUUUCUUGUGCACUAUAUUUUGAACAUUUUGCCUGCACAGUAUGGUCCAUUUAAGAUCUCUUAUAAUGCACAUAAAGACAAACGGUCUAUUAAUGAACUUAUGGCCAUGUGUGUUCAAGAGAAAGGCCGACUGCUGAUGGAAACAGGAAAAAGUGCAUUCAUGACUACUCAAGGAAAGAAGACCAAUCAAGCCAAUAAGAAGUGGAAAGGAAAGGCACCACUUAAAACUGACAUUAAGAAAGAAUCUAAGUGUCGCUUUUGUAGAGAAAAGGGGCACAUAAGGCAGGAUUGUGACAAAUUUCAACAAUAG